UUUGUCUUGGUUUGUCUGGUUAUAUGACGCGAAUGUAAUAAUAGAAACGAAAUACUAAUUAAUUCAAAAUACGCUCCGUUAAUGCCUUCGUAAAUAUGAAACAAAGGUGAACUCCGUGGCACAAUAAACUCAUUGUUUGUUUUACAGUACGUCUGUCGUUAAACUUUCUUCGUAACGAUGGCUUCUACCCCAAAACAAGUGAACGGCAAUGCAUCACCGAGCAACGGUCCUUUGGGAAAGCGGAAAAAAUCGAAGGGAAGUAAGACUUCCUAUCUUUCAAAGUGGCUUGAUAAAACAAUGAGCCACGUACAAGAAUCCACCCUUCCAAGUAUGGAUGUCUAUGAUAACGUUCCGCACCGGAAUUUAAAUUGGCCUAUGUGUUCCGCUCAGUUUACCCCGGGCUACGAUCCAUACAGGUACAAUAUGUAUGGCUCCAACGAACCGGCCUCUUUACCUUCACUGCCAACUUAUUACAAUCCAAUGCUACACCACUACCCUGAAUAUAGAGCGAUGCAAUGCGAAAACAAAAGUAUUCAGGUGCAGAGACCUCGGCUCCGUCGCCGCAGUAAGCAUAAAGCUGAGGAAGUGCUGAGUACGCCAGGUGAUGCUAACCAAACUAAUUAUAUGCAACCAAAGAAUUUUACCGACAGUCAAGAUUUUGCGAGUCUGCCGCCGAUCGUUACGUCGACCGGCGAUACAAAUUCCAAUAGUGAUUUGCAUUUAAAUGAUAAGGAUGAUGGGAGCAAUGCAAGGAGAUACAGUGAUCCUUGUGUUAGAGGAUUGCCUGAUGUAGCUGACCACAGACCUACUAAUGGUGACGUAGAAUCAGAUUCUGAAUCUAGUUCAGGAUUAUCUGGUAGCCAAGUCGGCAGUCGCUUGCUAUCUUACUUGCUUGAUCAAAUAUCAUCUUUGAAAAUGGUCAAUGACAGGCUAAAUAAAGAAUUACAGGAAACCAGAGCCGAAUUGGAAAAUUUACAACACCACAGUUAUUACCCAAAGGGUGCUACAAGUAUGGGUGCUGCAGGUGUGCACGGAGGGCAGUAUUCUCCGGGGUACCUCACAGAACUGGUGCGAGAGAUAAGAGAUGCCACUAGGAUACGGGAGGAGGCGAUGUUCGCGCGCCUUCGCUCUCUUGUGCUUGAAAGGAACGAUAGUGGAGCGGCGUCUGCGUCAACGGAAACGAAAGUUGCUGAACGAACGCUGGAGGAAAUCAAGGGCGCGCUCAGGGCGUCCGAUGCAGACAAGCGGCGCAUGAUGGAUCGCAUCAGCAAACUGGAAGACGAACUACGCGUGUUGAGGAUGGCCAAUGGCAUGGAAACGACGGACAACAAUCGAAUGACGAACGGCAACGCAGACGACGAGGGCGAGCAAGCGCGCCUCCGCCGAGAGGUCGCCGAUUUGCGCAAGUCCAAGCAGAGUGCGGAGGAGCACGCGUUGAAGGGACGCAACAGGAAGAAAGAUAGAAGAAUACUAUACAACAAGACUUUUUAGCGCAGAUUUGUCAUCCUGUGUUUAAUUUCUUUUUUUUCUGUGUUUUUUUUUGACGCUUGCCGUAAAGUGCAUAAGAAAUUCUAUAACUCAAAUUUUCACAAUUUUGACUAACUCUACUAACCACCGACUUCAUAGUUUAGACUGAUUUUAUUUAUUUUUUAUUUAUACUUAAGUGACAUACCAAAAUUCGAAAUAAGAAUGGUAAUUUAUUAUCUUUUGUUUUAAGAAAAUAAUAUUUAUUAAUUUAUCAUUAAAGUUAAUCGUUAAUAAACACGAAUUAUCAAACGCUACGCUCAAAUUAGGUACUUAAUGUUUUGAUACGAAUUAUGGUGCACAAAAAUAAAACGUAUAAAAAUGUCUCAUGUUGUCUCGCUCUAACUAUUGCAAAUGCUAAUGAGUUAGAAAAGAAAAUAAUGUCAUUCGUGGUGUUUUUUUUCCCGUAUGGCAAUAAGAUACUAUUUGUCUAGAACUAUUUGUCAUUGCAUUUCGUGGUUCUUACUCAAUACUCAUAUGAAUAGACGAUACAAUGCAAGUGUCUAUGGUCUUUUUUGACAAUUCGUGUUUAUAGAAAUACAGACUAUAGUUAAGCUUUUUCACUUUAAAUAUAGAUAGUAUAAAAUUGGUGCCUUAACAAUGUCCGCCCAAUUACAAUAUUAUCAUCUGUUGUAAGUUAGUGCCAUUUUAUCGUGUGCUUUAUUUAAGUUAUUUACUUGCAUCAAUGUGUUGGCUGGUUUUUAUUAUUAUUUAAUCUUGAUUAUACUGAUUUUGUUCAUUUGAAAUACUCACUACAUGUUUAAUAUUGAUUUCUAUUUGUUUGCAAGUUGCUUGAUGUAAUAAAUUAUAAUUAUAACCACUA